UGUGUCCACCACAUCUGUGAGUGUUAGUUUGAAUGGCCAAGUGACCAUCAGGACUGUGGGUUGGCUAAGACCAAAAGGACUAAGUUGGCUGCUUGGUUCUACCCAUAUCACUGAUGGUCUGUGCCCCAGACAUUUAUUUUUAACUCUGGCAUUCUGAGCAUGAUUUUUGCCUUAAUCCUCUUACAUCUGCAUAAAAUUGUGUGUGGAGGCAUUUAAAGUGAUUUUCCAGGGAAUUCAAUGUUUUUUUUUUUUUUAACCUUAAUCAUCCUGAUCAACUGGUACUUUUAUUGAGACCUGUUGGUAAUUGACCAAUUGACUAUUAAACUCCUCUCUAUAUCUUUCCUGUUUUUCCUAAAGAAAUACUUAGAUUAUGUUGAAAAAUAUUACCAUGCAUCUCUGGAACCUGUUGAUUUUAUAAAUGAAGCUGAUGAAAGUCGAAAGAAGAUUAAUUCCUGGGUUGAAAGUCAAACAAAUGGUAGAGUAUGGGUGGGUCGUUGGUCAUACAAAGACUUUUUGACUGUCUUCUGUGAGUGGAGGCCUGGGCUUGGUUCUGCGUGGGAGCCAGGUGGACACUCUAGAAAGGGCUUGAGAUGGGGUUUGCAGGGUUGAACAGGCAGGGCUGGGCAUAAAGGGGAGGACACUGCAGAUAGUGAAAUGGACACAGCAAAUGGGGAAACUCAAGGGGAACCCAGGAGGGGACCCUAGGAAGCAGCUGUGUGGAGACCCUUGGAGGACUCUUGGCACUCGGCUGUGUAUCAGAGUACCAUUGGGGUUCCUGGAACUGGGCUCUUGCCUGUCUUGAGUAUAUUCUUUCCUGCAUAUCACAACAUCUCUGUUUGUGUCUGGGUCCCUAAGUGCAAAUGUCACAGAGAGUUCCCUUUCCCUUUGUUAAGAGAGAAGCACACAGCUCUCCCAUCAAGACUGACUCUGCUACCUACAGCUGGGCCACCUGGGCCUCAUCUCCACUUGGGCAUCGUACAGGGAGGAUGCAAUGCUCAGUCCCAUCUACAUCAGAGAAUUGGAUGAAUUCCUCUCCCCUCUAUCCCCUUCUCAUUCCCUAAUAUGGCUCAAAAACACGAGAAAUACUGGAAAGGAAAGUUAAUGUGGAGAUUCACUUUGGGAAACAAUAGCUGAUAUUUAGCAUUUUUUAUUCCAUUUUCAGGGAGAUUGCUGUUAUUACAGAAUGCGCUUCUUUUUCAUGCUUCAUUUAAAGAAAGAAACUUAAAAUAAUCAGAAUAUAAGGGGUCUUUCAAAAGAUUGGCUGAACAGUGUUUUCAGAGUGUAGUGUGGGAUGGACUGAACCCAGAGCCCCAAAUAUCAGUUGCAUUUUUCAUAGAAUAAGCAAACUCUCAACCUCUCUUGGGAGCCAUAUUUACUAGGGAAGAGAGGUUGCUCACCAAGUGCUUAUGAUGUGCCAGACAGUGUUUGAGGCUUUCUACAUAUUAAAUCACUGACUCCUUCCAACAACCCUGUGAGGCAGGUUUUAUUCCUAUUUUACAGAUGUGGAAACUGAGGCACAGAGAGCUUAAAUAACUUGCCCAAGAUUCCUCAGCUGAUAAGAGGCAGAACUGGAUGCCAUCAGAGGCAAUCUGACCCCAGAGGCGGGACUCUUAACCAUCAACCUCAAUUUAUCCAGUGGGAUAAAUAGGCGAUGGGCAGAGUGACAACCUCCCCACCGAUUCCAGCGAACGCAUUGUCGGCAAGGCCUUCAGAAAAAAUCAAGGACCUGUUUCCAGAAGGCUCUCUUAGUAGCUCUACCAAGUUGGUGCUGAUAAACACAGUUUACUUUAAAGGACAGUGGGAUAGGGAGUUUAAUAAAGAAAAUACCAAGGAAGAGGAAUUUUGGCUGAAUAAGAAUACAUGUAAGUCUGUGUGGAUGAUGGAACAGCACCAUUCUUUCAGUUUCGUUUUCCUGGAAGACUUGGAUGCCAAAAUCGUGGGGAUUCCAUAUAAAAACAAUGACCUCAGCAUGUUUGUGCUUCUACCCAAUGACAUAGAGGGUCUGGAGAAGAUUAUAGAUCAAGUCACUCCUGAGCAAUUGAUAGAGUGGACCAGGCUGGAGUUUAUGGAGGUCAGGACCGUGAACUUGCGCUUGCCCAGGCUGCAGGUGGAGGGCAGUUAUGAGCUGGAGCCGGUCCUGGGAGCCCUGGGGCUGGGCGCGGCCUUCAGCGAGAGCGAUGCGGACUUCUCUGGGAUGUGCGCGCGCUCGGGGCUGCAGGCGCAGAGGUUCCUGCACCGGUCCUUUGUGCAGGUCACCGAGGAAGGUGCGGAGGCCACGGUGGCCACUGGCAUAGGUUACAUGGUCUCAUCGGCCGGGGGCUGUGAGCAAGUCCACUGUGAUCACCCCUUCCUGUUCUUCAUCAGGCACCGCGGGUCCGACAGUGUCCUCUUCUUUGGCAGAUUUUCUUCUCCCUAAGAAAGUCGUGGCCUUGACCUUGGAGAUGAGGAAGCAGUGUGGGGGCAGCGGUAGGAUCCUGGAGACCUUCCGUGCGCUUGCGUCUUUAGCUGCUGGCCUUCCAAUCCUAACGUUAAACCUGUGAUUUUAUGACGUAAUAAUGUGUAUUUAUGAUUUUCCUUGGAGGUGAACGUCCUUUUGUUUGUGUCCUGCAGAAUGUGAAUCAGACCCAAACUCGUUGAGACUCCCUGUGGGUUUCCUUUGGAAGUAAAUGAAGGUCUUGUAAAGUCUUGUGCAUCAGUGGGGAGAAGGGGAAUCUUGGAUAAAGAGAGUGGAUUCUUCUUGGGAUUUUAGGGGUCUCUUUGGUUCCAGUAUUUUGGCAUAUUAUACAAGUAAAAUACGAGAAUCAUUCAA